AUGGAGGCUUUAAUGUUCUUCUUCCAACACCCGGUUCUGGCUCCAACACUUACUCCAACACCCGCUCCCACAACUGCUCCCCCGCUGGCUCCAACACCUGCUCCAACACCCGCUCCUACAACCGCCCCCCCGCUGGCUCCAACACCGUCUCCAAAACUCGCUCCCACGCUGGCUCCAUCGCCCGCUCCUACUCCCGGUCUCACACCAGGGCUGUGGUGCUACGGCACACGCUGUUUUGGGUCGGCGUGCAGCGUGGACAAUUUGCUCAAUGGCGACACCGUGGCGAGCCUAGGCAGCGCGCCAUCGUGCUCUUGGAAGGAUGAAAGCACGGUAACGAUUAUUUUCGGCACAGGGUCGGUGGUCGUCCAGGCGCGCACGCCCCCGCCAGAGCUGUCGUCUGCAUGGUUUUCUGACACGGGACAACAGGUUCUGAUUCAAUUCGAAGGAAGUGCUUCUUCUCAAGACAUUAACGGCAGCUAUGCUGUCGUGCCUUGCGGGGAAGCUUUCUCCGAAGCUUCUGCGGCUACGUUGGGCGUUGGCUGCGCAAGUCAAUUUACGUCCUCCUCGAUCCUAACGAUCGGGGCCUUUCUCUCCUCGGCCGCUGGUUGUGUCGUGGUUGGCCCCGCAAGUGAGCCGAAUCCACCAGUCGUUGAUAUCAGCGCUCCGGAAGUUGUGGGUUGCUGCGACGACUUGAUCUUGGAGGGAAUCGCGAUCUUCCCUUCAACAGGCUUCACUUGCAACUGGACCGUUGGGAUCGUGGAUGGCAAUCAAUCCUUCGACCUUGCCGACGCCGGCGCUCAAAAUGGGUUGGUUGUCACGCUGCCGAGCGCAAGCUUGGGUGAAGGUUCUACAUACUGGUUCAGCCUCCGCGUGACGACGGGGCUUGGAUCGUGGAGCGAUGCUAUCGUAGAGGUAUUCAAGUCUACUGAUGCCCUUCCCGCGCUGAAGAUUGCGGGAUCUGCAUCUUGGAAGCAGUGGCGUGGGCUUCCACUUACCGUCCGCACCGAGGUAACGUCGCCUCGUUCUCAAGACGACAAUGUUACUUACACAUGGACCCUGGCUUCAGAAUACAGUGCCACGGAAGACUUUCCACCAGUCACGCUGACCAAGGGGAGAAAUCCCAGCGUCCUCAAGCUUCCCGCAUAUUCGUUGGGACACGCCGGCAGCAUCUACGUCUUCAGGGUGACCGUUGCAGGCAGCACGCCGAGCACUACCUCGGCUACUGCGACAGUUGAGGUUAUCAGUGGAGCACUAAUCGCCCACAUCUUCGGUGGGACAACGAGGAGGGUUGGCGUCAUGCAGGCCAUUCUCCGCAAAUACAACCCUUCGGAAAAAGUUGUCCUACAGGGGUGCGCCUCCCCAUCUGCAGAGGAGCUGUGCAGCUCCUCGACCUCGUCGCUGUUCAAGCUAGAGUGGAAACCGGAGAGCGGAAACGUCGACUUGAGCAAUGGGUGGGACGAUGUAUUCAGCACCACCACGAGCGAUCGGGUGCUCGUUGUCCGAAAAGGAGUCCUUGGCGCGGGGCGGACGUACACGUUCUCCCUAUCUGCAACCGACACAUCCGGGCAGGAAGGUUAUGCAGAGUUUUCGUUCGAGACCAACGCCCCCCCCGCUGGGGGCCACGUGGAAUCCAACACCUCAUCGGCGACCGCCGGCGUCGAUGGCGUCCGUCUCCAGAGCGUAGGGUGGACGGAUGACGUGGACGAUCUUCCGUUCACGCACUCCUUUGGGUUCGUGCAUGGAUACCAACAAGUGGCAACGAUUGCGAGUGAAUCGGUGCUAGUGAACCGGUUGUCUUCAUCUUGGUCAGCAUCGCCCACCCUGCGCACCAAGAUCCCGUCCGGCUUGGCGGACGAUGGGUACAAUGUCACGAUCCUGGUGUCUGUCUCCGACUCCCUCGGAUCGACAGCUUCAACAAAUCUUGGAGCCGAUGGCACACCAAUGAUCAUCGCAUCUACUCCUCCAGAGCAGGAAAAUCUCGUGGGCCUCAUUGUGGACGCAUAUUUGUCUCUGGAGACAUCAUCGAGCAGUGUUGUGGCAGGGUCUCAGACUCUUGCGGGAGCUCUCGUCUCAUUUGCUGAUGACGGCGUCCUGUCGGAUCUGACGCUGGCUGAAGUGACCGAGGCUGUUAGAGACAUGGCGGAGACCGCGAUCGAACUGGGAGAAACUCUGGAUGACGCUUCUGCCCUUGCGCUUGUGUCGAUGCUAUCGGUGCUCUUUGUCGGCCAGUCGCCUUCGGUACCCUCGUCGGCAUCAACAGCUGUCACCUCGGAUACAGCCCUCCUCCGGAAAGAAGAUAGCCUCGCCGUUCUCGCUGAAGUGGGCCUCGCGAUGGCCACUGAUGCCGAAGCGGGAGAAGAACUGGACGAGAUAAGCGCGGGAGAUUUAGCCAUGCAGCCUGCCAGAGCACAUCCGAUUGAUAUGUCGGCAACAACCAUAUCUGCUGGAGGUUUCGGAGCACAGGUGGAGUUUGAUGCUUGGGACAGCGCCGUGGAUUCCAACGAAGACCUUGACAAUACCCGAACCUUUGCGGUGGCAGUAUUCAAUUCCACAACUUCAGGGCUUGAUGGUGUGACCGUCAUCGACGCAUGGGACUCGACUGGGGCACCAGAGUAUCAAUUUCCUAGACCCGUCGGGGUGUCCAUGGCCCUUCCGGAGACUCUGUCGACUGGCCCAGAGGUUGAAGGCGAAAACUCGUUAAGCCACGUUGGCUGCGCCUACUGGUCAGAAGAUAGUGGCGAUUGGAAGACGGACGGUAUGGUACUGGCCGCGCUCGGCGCGGCUCUGGACAACACACACUCCGUCGUGCUUGAAUGUGCGACGUUCCACCUCAGCGCGUUUGCAGGCCGCGAGGACUCGACGACCCCGACGUGGAGCACAGCCGAUCUCACCGACUUCAGCAUACUGGCAGAGUACGGGGCGGAAAGCUGGGAAGCCCUGCUGUUCUUGGGCUGCGUUGCAGCAGUUCUUCUCGGCCCUGCGACGUGGUUUGCUUUGAAGGACGCUGGGAUGGACCAGCAACGAGAGCACGUCGAGGCGCUUCGGGACACGUACUUAGCACGUGGGAAGAGCCGGCGAGAAGUUCGCCCGCUCAAGAAACGGGUGGCAGAGCGAGCGAAGGCUUCGCGUGAAACGUUGGUGAAAAGUCAGUCCCACGCAAGUGACUACUUUGGCUAUCAUCAGAUUUCCGUCCAACGCAAAGAGAAAGCAAUGGGCAAGGUGGUGGUAGAAAGCCUCCUAUUCAACCACUCGUGGCGACAUCUCAGCGGCUCCCCGACAGCCCACUUUAAACGAACGCUUCUCACAAGGCCGCAGCACCUGGUGCUUCUGUUGACUGAUUGGAUGAGCGCCAUCGUUCUCCAGGCUCUUUUCUACGGCAAGAGCCAGUUUGGCGUAGAGAUGGCGGUAGUGAGCGCACUCUUCAUGCUGCCGGCCGGGGUUGUUUUUCCCGCCCUCCUGCGGGUUGCCAACACCCCACCUGCGUCACAAACGCUUCAGAGGCCUGUUUCUCUGGAGGAACAACCUGAACGCACAGCUGAAUACCGUACUGACCGACGUCAAGUUGAGCAGGAGAAAACGGACGAUGGCUUCCUAGCAACCCUUCAGCAAGGGGAUGCCACGCGUCGGGUUGGCUUCCAAGAGCAACAUCGCCCCCCCCGCAAGGCAUCGCCCAUCAGAAUGUUCACCGCGAUAGAAGCGCAAGGCACAGCGUCUCCGUUCCUCAAGCCGAAGCCUAACGCGGCGGUGGUGGAAACGGCGGCGUACCUGGACGUGGUAGAGAUGCAGAAGGCGCUCCUUCUCGUCUACGUCCCUCUGCCCAUUUUGCUGGCGAUGCUCGUUUCUGAGGUGCUAAGCGUUUCGCGGGAAGCUGAGGCAGACGGGGGAGACGAAUACGCGGUUUUGCACAACAUGGUCACAUCGCUGAGCCUGGCUAGCUCUGUUCUGUGUAUGGUGUCUGCUUUCUCAGUUAUGAGUCGUAGUGCACGUACAAUGCGGAAAGCAACAGCGUUCCAAGGCGUUGUGGCCCCAGGCAUGGCGCUGUGCGGCGUGCUUCUGCUCGGCUCGAGCGUUUUUAUUGCAGCAGGGGCGGUGCUUGGUGCGGUUAUCACCCUCGUCGGUGCUUACUUGGUCGGAAUACAGCGGAAAUACGAGGAGAUACUGAGCGACUUGAUCGAAGGCGACCUCGUAGCAGCAUGGUCGAACCCAACGAGGGAAAUGCACAAAGCCGCGGAAACGAUCCAGUGCUGCUUCAGGUGCAAAACCGUGGCAUACGUGUCGGCUUAA